GAAAAGCAGAGGACUCCGUACGUUCCUUUAUUUAAACUCUUUAUUCGAGAGUAAAAAUAGUUGUAGAGCUUACCAAAGUGUUCUGCAAAAAUAAUGGAGUUAUAAUCACAUACAAUCACAACAUUAAAUAUCACAUUAACAACGACAAGGACAAGAACCGAGUCAAAUAUGACCCUAUGUGCCAGAAGAUGUUAAAGUGAAUCAAGCAUGAACUACACACAUCUUUCACUUAAUGACUCCCAGCCCAGUGCUGCGUGUCUGACCUCAGACAGAACAGAAGACACUGCAGCAAUGAAAAAUGUUAUGGAACAACUUGAAAACAGACUAAGUAUUUAUGAUUUUAUGAAAAUGCAGGAGAUUUUUAUGUCUCCAGGUUUAAACGGAAGAGUGGUCAUGACGAGAGAAGAGUUCACAGAGCAGAUGUGUGCAGUGAUCAGACCAAGUACUAAAGAAGAAUUUGGUGAGAUGUUUGAUAAGAUAGAUGUGACCCGAGAUGGUAUCAUUGACUGGGACAAAGUGACCUCUUUCAUGCUCUUAGACCUUAAUGAGAAGGAUGAACGAACGAGAUCAUCAGUUAUCCCCCAGUGGAAGAAUCUCCGACUUCUUUCACCCAUCCACAAAGAUAUUAUUCAAAAUGUAACUUUUUUGAAAGGCGCCAGCUGUUACCUGACUGUAAGUAGAAAUGGAUUGCUGGGAGUCUGGGGAGAAAACACAAAGCUACAGAGAACUCUGCAGAUUACUACAGAAGCUGUCAAACUGAAAGAUCUGUGGGUGACCACGCUGAUCUCGCUAGGAAAUGUAAACAAGAUAGCUGUUGCUUUUACGAGUAAAGAGAUCUGCUUCUAUGAUCUGAAUUCCAAGCAAGGGUUGUCUUGUCAGUACAGGCUGCAUGGCCUUCAGGGAACAGUGAUAUGUAUGAACUAUUGGUAUAACCCUCAUGAUGGAAAUGAAGCUAUUCUAACAUUGGGGGAUGUCUGUGGACAGGUUCAAGCCAUUUCCUUUACCACUGCUCUGAUCUCUUUGUUUGAACGACCUGCUAGCUCUGCUGAAGGUGAAGAAGCAACAGUGACCAUUAGUUGGCAGGAGCUGGUCUCUGGGUAUCACAAAUGCUGUUAUACGUUAAAGCACAAACUUCAUUAUAAAGACUGGGUCAAGCAAGUUGCAUACAGCUCUUCUUUUGAUGCCUUUAUUUCCAGUACAACCAGUAAUGUUAAUACAUUGGUGCUGGCUUGGAGAGAAAAAUUAAAGCCUCGUCUUAAAACUACAUCCUUCGACAUUGCCCGGGGAAUUAAUGCUUUUGACUUCCACUCUCGACUCAACUUAAUUGCUACUGCUGGCAUCAAUCACCGAGUUUGCCUCUGGAACCCCUACGUCACCUCGAAACCUGCUGGAGUUCUUCAAGGCCAUUCAGCCAGUGUAAUAGCUGUUCAGUUCAUUACUGAACGAAAACAGCUUUUCAGCUUCUCAAAGGACAAGGUGUUAAGGCUCUGGGAUAUUCAGCAUCAGCUGUGCAUCCAGAGGAUUGCGGGCUCAUUUCCAAAGAGUCUGGACUUCCAAUCCACCCUUUAUUUUAAUGAAGCUCACGGACGGCUUUUUAUCUCAUUUAAUAACCAGCUGAUGUUACUGGAAAUGAAGCAGGAAACCAGCAGAAAGGUCACAAGUCAUGGGAAAGCAGUUACUUGUGUUCUUUACAAUUCAGUCUUUAAGCAGGUAAUCAGCUCAGAUACAGGAUCUACUGUUACCUUCUGGCUGAUAGACACUGGGCAGAAAAUCAACCAGUUUACUGGUUGCCAUGGCAAUGCUGAGAUCAGCACUAUGACACUGGAUGCAACUGAGACAAGGCUUUUAACUGGGAGCACAGAUGGAACAGUAAAGAUUUGGGAUUUCAAUGGACACUGUUACCAUAAACUCAAUGUUGGAAGAGACCGAGCAGUUGACAUCUCCCAGAUCAUGGUAAUAAAGAGGACUAUCUUAGUUACAGGCUGGGACAGAAUAAUUACUGUCUUCCGACUGAGCAACUUGACUCAGUAUUUUGUUCUGCCUGCAGAAUGGAAAGGAGGAGUGCAGCAUCAAGAUGACAUCCUAUGUGCUGCAUUUUUACCUCCACAUACUCUAGUUACAGGGAGCUGUGGUGGUGAAAUUGUUGUCUGGAAUAAUAGUACAGAAAAUGCCUACCUUAAAAUUUACCUGGAUCCCCCAAAAUCUCUGAAAUCCAAAUCAGAUACUCUGUUACUACAGCAGCAACUUAGAUCUGCUCGAAGAACGUCCUCUAGAAGACAUACAAUGUCUGUAGCUGACUUCUAUGACACUGACACUGAGUGCAACAAUGCUAUUACUAAGCUUCUAUUCCUAGAAGCUAGAAAGAAUAUUUCAGUGACAGGUGGAGCAAAUUUAGUGUCAUGUGGAGGUGCUGGCUAUGUUAGGUUUUGGAAUACCUCGAAAAGCCAGCUCAUGGCAGAGUUUGAAGCCCACAGUAGAGCUGGAUCCAUUAUCAUGACCAUUGAUAAAAUGAGUCAAUACCUCAUAACGGGGGAUCUAGCUGGAUGGGUGAAAAUAUGGAAUAUACAGGACUACUGCCUUGGUUCCAGUGAGAACAAGGUAACCCAGCCACCUCCCCUGAUAAGAUCGUUUCAGCCACACGAUGACUGUGUUACUUAUCUGGAGACCUGUGUGCGAAGCAGUUGCCUGCUCAUCCUCUCCUCCUCUUCAGACUGCAGUGUUGUUCUUAGUGAUGUGCAUGGUACAACAAUUGGAAUAUUUGGCCAGGAAGAGCACUGGCGAAUUGAAAAUGCUCCUUCCCACCCUAAAGGAGAGCAAAAUCAAGAUGAAAAUGUGGGCCAAAGGGAAGAAAAGGAUGAUGUUCUAAAGAAAAAAGAAGCCCCUGUUUUUGGAGGAGAGCCAUCUCCUAACCCCUUGGAACAAGCUAUACUUGGUAUGGAAGACAAAGAGGAAUCUGUAAACAUGAUCAGUCCAUGGGAAAACACGAUAUUGGGUAAAAAAUAUAAAGAAAGCAAAAUCCAGAAAGGAAAGAAACAUAAGUUCUUCAAUGGGAAAACCAUGCAAAACUCCACUGGAACUUUUAGGUCAUUAAAUAUUGGAGCCCUUGAGGCAGUUGUUGAAAUGAACAAGCCUGACUUUGUUCUAAACCCUGACAAAUACUUCAGGGAAAUGACUGAGAAGAAGUGCCCUGAAAAUCUGAAGCUCCCUACUCUUUCAGAAACCUUGAAAGCUAUAUUUGAUGAGAAGAGCCUGUUCCCAAAAGAAAUUCUGGAUCGUGAACAAAAAACAAGGCAACUGUGUGAGCAAAUGUGCAACGAAGGCAAGAUGAUAAGAAAUAAGAAGCAAGCAAAGAUGAAAGAAAAAUAAACCUUCCUGUUGUUACAAAGAAGAGCUGUUUCUGAUCACCUUGGCAAUAUGGAAAUAAAUGUCAAUGAACAAUUGCACCAAUAAGUCAAGCACAGGCAUACAAAACAAUUAAACUACAGACCCUGAAUGUGAAGAAUAAAUUUCCAGAACACUUUUAUAGCUAGAAGAACUGGUACUCCUGUUUUUUGAAUGUUUGUAAACUUUAUUUUGUUCCUGAGUAUAAAUUUAUUUCUAAAGAGAAGCAGUGUAUUAAAAAAUCCAACUUUUC